AAUCACUAGAGCAAAGCAUCAGAGGAGCAGCACUUCCCUUUAGCCAGACCUCACCUGACUGAGCCACACACACUAGUUGGAUAAGCAGGUUGAACACCAAAAUGGCACUUCCCCUGAGCUUUUUCUUCAUCUCAUGUCUGGUUGGACCACUUCUGGGCCAGGAUAUGCCUUAUGAGGACUUUAUGGCCCAGAUCCAAGCCUGUCCCCGUGAGUGUCACUGCCCAAACAACUUCCCUAAUGCCGUCUACUGUGACAAUAAGGGCUUGAAGACCAUCCCCCAAAUCCCUCCAUACACAUGGUACCUCUACCUGCAGAACAACCAAAUUGAGGGAGUGUCAGCGGACGCCCUACGCAAUGCCACACAGCUGCGCUGGCUGAACCUCAGCCGCAACAAAAUCACCAAUGAGGGACUGGAGGAAGGUGUGCUGGGCAAACUGUCUCAUCUGGUGCACCUCUACAUGGACGACAACCUCCUGACCUCUAUCCCCUCUGGCCUGCCAUCCAGCCUGGAACAGCUACGAGUCUCUCGCAAUCGCAUCUCCAAGAUCCCUGCUGGUGUCUUUUCUGGUCUGGACAGGCUUAACCUCCUGGAUCUCCAAGGGAACAAGCUGAUGGAUGAUGCUGUGACAGAGGUGAGCAUGAAGGGUCUGAACAACCUGGUGCAGAUCAAUCUAGCAAAGAACCAGCUGAGCAGCAUGCCUCUUGGCCUACCACCCACCACCACCCAGCUAUUCCUGGAUGGCAACAACAUUGAGAAGAUCCCAGCAGGAUAUUUCAAGGGUUUGCCCAAGGUGGCAUUCCUUAGGCUCAACCGCAACAAGCUUGGCAGCGAUGGGAUUCCCAAAAAUGUGUUCAACGUCUCCAGCAUUUUGGACUUGCAGCUGUCCCACAAUCAGCUGACCGAGGUGCCCCUGAUUCCCUCAGGCCUUGAGCACCUGCACCUCGACCAUAACAAGAUCAAGAGUGUGAGUGGCAGUAUGUGCCCAUUGCCAGCCGAGGCUUUGGAUGGUUACAUCAACGAUAGCGCUCCUCGUUUGCGCUACCUUCGGCUAGAUGGCAAUGAGAUUAAGCCACCAAUUCCCAGGGAUAUCAUCGUGUGCUUCCGUCUCCUCACAUCCAUCGUCAUCUAAAAAGAAAACAUAGGUCUUAUUUCCUGCAACUCAUUACAUAAGUAAUGACAAUGUAUGUGCUGGUCUGAUAAGCCAUGACCUGUGGGUGUCUAGGUGAGGAAUGAUAACAUCUGUAACAUUUUGCAUGUCGUUAAAAUUCACAUAUCAGACAAUGAGUUGGCAUCAACUUGUUGGAUAGUUUCCAGGUUCAUAAAACAACAUUUCAUCUGAGCAGAAUCUAAAGGGUGCCAGAUUCUUUAUACUUAUUGACCACUAGCUGUGUCGAUGCUGGUCUGAUAAACCAUGGUCAAGAAUGGCAACAUCAGUAUUUAUUUGCAUGUUGUUAAAAUUCAAAUAUUGCACACAAAGUUUGGUGUCAAUAUCUUUUAAUAUUCAUUAAUUAGAGAGAAGUAUUUGGAAAAUUUAAGGUCCAGUACACAAUUUUCCAUAUGAACAGAAUAACAGGAGGGAAUAACAGUUCCUGGCUGGCUGGAUACUUCAAUGAGACUACAAUAUGUAUCUAUCACUGACCACUAGUUGUGCCUUAUAUUGGUGUAAACAUCUGCAUGUGAGAAUUUGAAUUAAAAAUUGUGACUAUAGUUUAGCAUGACUGUGAUUAGGAAAGGCUAAGAGGACAGUUUGUAUUUAUGGCAUGUGGACAGCUUUGACAACUCCUUGUUCUUAUCCGUCUUUGACCAGGAGGGAAUGCUUAGGAAUGCAUAGCCAAAAUAUUAUUUUUUACCUUUUUUAUUGCUCCUAGAAAAGCUUAAAGUUUAUGUUGUAUGUGUAGACUUGAAGCCAAAUGAGUGGCCCUGUGUUCUAAGGUUUGGUGGUUUUGUAUGAGGCUUAGAUAUCUUUUGGAAACAAAUCUAUUCAAUAAAUAUGCAUAUGUAGGUAAUUUAUUUUAUUUAAUAGUGGGGUAAAAAUAACUUCUUCAAUUCCUGUGAUAUUUCAUGGUCACUAUUUCUUAACUUUUUGUACAAAAAAAUUCAGAUGACUAUUUUUUAAAAACGCCAACAAAUUUUUGAUUUUGGUCAUUAUUUUUCUGAAUAACCUAGCCUCAGAUUCCAUUGUAAUUGUCUUGAAUGUGAAUAAAACACCUGAAAGUAAAUGGGCA